GAGAGAGAAAGUGAGAGAGAUAGCGAGAGCGAGCCAAAACACAUACUCCCAACAUCACUUAGACUAUCUUCUCCAGCACAACAAGGGGAGGAGGACGCACAAGUGGAGGCGCGUCCAUGCGUGCCAACCGGCAGACGAACAAGACAUUAAAGCGGGCAAAGGACCACAAAUAAAUUGGAAUAAGACUGAACUCUUUGGAAAAGCGCACAGCUUUGCAAAAAAAACCCCAAACAAACAACACGCCCCAAAAAAAGACAGUCUAGAUGAGUGAAUGGUAAGAAGAGUCAUGCAUCUCAACGGAGGAGCAGAUAACAGCAAAGGCUCAGUGUCUCUCAGUGUAUUCCUGGUGUCUGUCGCAUUCAUAGUAUGUGCCAUUUGGCUGGUAGCUCUGUGUGGCGUCUGCACCUGGUGCCAACGUAAACUGGGGAAGAGGAAUAAGCCCGGGAUGGAGGCUGCCAGCUCUCCAGAUUCAGUGAGAGGUCGAGGGGAAAAUAAAGCCAUCAACGAUCUAGACAGAGACUUUUGGAAUAACAAUGACAGCAGCAAUGUCCAACAGAGGUGGAGCUCCUACCCACCCAAGGAGUUCCUCUUAAACAUGUCUCCCUAUGCACCCUACGGAGAUCCCCGCCUCACGCCCAAUGGGGCUGUGGAUAAGGGUGGGCAGGGUGGUGCUGGACCCUCACCGGGGGCCAGUGACAGCGGGGGUGGUGCUUGCUCUGGGACUGGGGCAGGGCCCAGUCGCAGCGACAGCGUGCGGAGCAUGGUGACGGGGGGCAGCAAGGCCGGGCGCUGGCAGACGGUCCAGAGCCACAUGCAUGCCGGAGGCCUGCGGUUUAGCAACUUUGGGGACGCUUCCCUUUCAUCAGCUUCCACCCUGGAGCACAUCCCGUCCUCGGCUGUGGCACGCCCUCGGCCCCUGGUCCGGCAGCAGAGCCUCCAACAGCCCCUCACUCACCAGCCUCCUCCGGGUCCCAACGACCCCCCAGUCACCUCGCAGAGUCUGGGCCAGUUGCACACAGGCCCAGGCGGGGGGGGCCACCGUGGGGGCCCGCGGGGGGUCCGGGGGAGUCCGGCUGGAGCCUCCCGGUACAGAGGAACAGGGACAGGCCGAUCAAGGUCAAAUCCAGGCAGCUGGGACCACAUGGUGGAGCAAAUCCGAACCCGAGGUCUGGAUGUUAAGUCGUUCCUUGAGGGGAAGAUGGUUGUUCUGUCUCUAGCAAUCGGGCUGGCUGAACAGGAUGACUUUGCCAACCUCCCAGAUCUACAGGAAGCGCCAGCGAGCAAAGAAAAUGAAACCACACCAGAGAAAAGAACUCCAGGUAACAAACCAGGCAGCAGCCCCAGAGGUCAGACUCCAGACGAGACCGGACGCCGCCAUGGGCAGGGCCACGAAGCCAACUCUACUGCUUCUGACUUGGCCAACUCGGUCACCAGUGACAUGCUCAUGCUGUCACCAGGUUCAGAGGAAGAAGAACAUGAGGGUCCAGUGUGUGAAAAGCUGGGUCGUAUUCAGUUCAGUGUUGGAUACAGUUUUCAAGACUCCACUCUCACUGUGAAAAUUCUCAAAGGCCAAGAUUUGCCAGCUAAGGACUUUUCUGGCACCUCUGACCCAUUUGUCAAACUAUACCUGCUGCCAGACAAGAAGCACAAACUGGAGACAAAAGUGAAGAGGAAGAAUCUAAACCCCCACUGGAACGAGACCUUCCUUUUCGAAGGGUUCCCCUAUGAGAAGGUGGUUCAGAGGACCCUGUAUCUCCAGGUUCUUGACUACGAUCGCUUCAGCAGGAACGACCCAAUAGGAGAGGUGUCCAUCCCACUCAACAAGCUGGACCUAGCCAACAUGCAGACUUUCUGGAAGGAGCUGAAACCAUGUAGCGAUGGCAGUGGAAGUCGAGGGGAUCUGUUGGUGUCUCUGUGUUACAACCCCACAGCCAACACCAUCACUGUGAGCAUCAUCAAAGCCCGCAACCUCAAAGCCAUGGACAUUGGAGGCACUUCUGACCCCUACGUAAAAGUGUGGUUGAUGCACAAGGACAAACGUGUGGAGAAGAAGAAGACGGUGGUAAUGAAGCGCUGUCUGAACCCUGUUUUCAACGAGUCCUUCCCCUUUGACGUGCCUGCCCACGUGCUGAGGGAGACCACCAUAAUUAUCACCGUCAUGGACAAGGACAGACUCAGCCGCAAUGAUGUCAUUGGGAAGAUUUAUCUUUCAUGGAAGAGUGGCCCUGCAGAGGUAAAACACUGGAAAGACAUGAUGGGUCAUCCUCGCACUGCCGUGGCCCAGUGGCAUGCUCUUAAGGCCUGAAGGACCCAGCAGCCCACCUGCCUACAUUGUUUUCCCCUCAAGAAUCCCCCCACCCUGCCCCUGCCCUCGGCACAUAUCCCCUACUACCUAAAUGCACUGUUGGGCUUCAGACCAUCUAUCAUCUCUUUGUUCUCAGGCCUCUUUGAUAUUCCUCGCCCUCAGUUCUCAUGACACCUUCCUUAGAUUUCACCCAUGUCAAGAUCUGAUUCCCGCCUGACCCUGUCUCAUCCGUUUGUCUGAACUUAAAAAUGUCUUUGAUGUCAUAUGCUCUCCUUGUUCCAUCUUUCUUUUUUUCUCAUUUUUUUCUUCCACCAUGUUUCCCUAAUGUUUUACAUCAGAGCAGUACCUCUUAACACCCGUAAUUACAAACUACCAACCAAAAAUGGAUCAAACAGGCAUUCCAACCAUCCGCUGUGGCAGUGUGUUUGUUUGAUUGUUUGCUUGAUUGUUUGAAUCCUUCUGUGUUUCUGUCUCUUUUCCUACAUUCCUUUAAAAUGCCUAAAAAAAAAAAAUCAGGAAAAGCGGCACAGGCAACAGAAGAGCUGUAUUUAAAAUGGACAGGAACUGGACUCUGUCACUCAUCAUGUUUUUCACUCUUCACUCCUCCUCCUCCUGCUACCACUGUAAUAAUUCUCCCUUGGCUGGAACCCUUUGUCGUCUGUGCGUGCUGUGGGUGAUGUGCUGUAAUCCCAAAUGAAGAUCGUCAAGAAAAAAACAAGAAAAAAAGGAUAUGAACAUGAACAUUUAGCACUGGUCUAAAAGGGGCAAGUGUCAAACUGCUUUCCUAUUUUCUUUAACUCCCGAUGGACAGAAAAAAAGAGUAAGGUGAUUAAUGUUGUGUUUUCUUUAUUUAUUUAAUGAGUUUUGCUUCGAAAGAACUUAGAGAAUCAACCUGUUCUUCCAGAAAAUAAGCAAAAAGCAGCUUCCACGAGUGUGGAAGUGUGGG